AUGGAAGCUGCUAAAGAACCGGGGCUCAGAAACCAGACCUACUUCACCUUGCAGGGGUUCUCCCACCUUGCCGCUCUUCAGGUCUUCCUCUUUGAGGGAAUUCUUCUGAUGUUCCUAGUCACGAUGGCAGGGAACUUUCUCAUCAUCAUAGUUGCAACCACUCACCCUACCUUGCACACCCCCAUGUACUAUUUUCUCAAAAACCUGGCUUUGAUUGAAAUUUGCUUUACGCUAAACAUAGUGCCCAAGAUGCUUGUGGAUUUGUUGUUGGAGAGAAAGGUCAUCUCCUUUUCUGCCUGUGCCCUACAACUUUACUUUGUCAUAUUCUUCAUCACUUCUGAAUGUUUCCUCUUGGGUGCCAUGGCAUAUGACCGAUAUGUGGCUAUAUGCCAUCCCUUGCACUACACCGUAACAAUGAACAGGAGAGCGUGUCUUCACAUGGUCAUAGCAUGCUGGAUUGCUGGCAUUCCACUUUCUGUAGGACUCACCGGUUGGCUAUUUAGCUACCCCUUUUGUGGCUCGAAGGAGAUUGAGCACUUCUUUUGCGAUAUCGUUCCUGUUCUGGAUCUGGUCUGUUCGGACACAUACUUAUUUGAGCUUCUUGUGUUCGUUGCUACUGUUGUAAUUGUUUUCAUCCCAUUUAUCUUGAUAGCAGCCUCUUACAUCCAGAUAAUCCAUACCAUCUUCCAAAUGCCGUCUGCCAAAGGAAGACCCAAAGCUUUUUACACCUGUGUUGCUCACCUGGUGGUGGUGACACUGUUCUACUGCACAACUGGCUUGGUACAUUUAAAGCCAAGGUCCAGCCUCUUGGCAAACAGCAGGAAAUUGGUGGCUCUUUCUUACACAGUAGUAACUCCUAUGCUGAACCCAAUCGUCUACAGCAUACGAAACAAAGAAGUAAAGCAUGCUCUGAGGAAGACAUUUGGGAGGAGACCAUUCUUCAUCAAGGUGCCUCUGCCUAGAUAG